AUCACCUGAUCACUACCAAUGAGGAACUACACAGCGUUUGAUUGUUGAGCAUGCGAUCAUGUGAUUGUAUGUUUUUGUGUAAUGAAGCUUUUUUUUUUAUUUCACCGAAGGAAACAUGUGUCCUAAUUAAUUGUUUACGGGGGAGGAUAUGUUGAUGGCCGGGGAGAGUCAUGUUGAUCAUUAAUUCGGUUCUGAAACUGCUGCAGCGGCAGACAUACACCUGUCUGUCUCAUCGCUAUGGACUGUACCUGUGCUUCGGAGGAAUAGUCCUCAUGAUAGUGUCUGCUUUUCAGUUUGGAGAGGUUGUGGUAGAGUGGAGUCGAGAUCAGUACCAUGUUUUGUUUGAUUCCUACAGAGAUAAUGUUGCAGGGAAGUCCUUUCAGACCAGGCUUUGCCUACCAAUGCCCAUUGAUGUGGUUUACACCUGGGUAAAUGGCACAGACACAGACCUGCUGAAGGAUCUUCUUGCAGUGAGACAGCAGUUGGAAGAAGAACAGAAGGCCCUGAGGGAACGUCUUGGGAAAAAUGCAUCUGAAAUAACUGAAGCCCCUAAGGGAAGGCCGGAAUGUCUGCUGUCCCACUGCAUCAUGGGCCCAGUGCUGGUGUUGGAUCCAGCUUUUCCUGCCAACAUCACGUUGAAGGAGCUGCCAACACUUUCAGCAGCAUUCUCCACUGCAAAACAGCUCUUACAGGUGGCCAAACCUCUCCACUCCUCCACAAGCGUGUCUGUUCUUCUCUUCCACUCUCAUAGUGAAGCUGAAAAAGCCCAUACAGAUGCUUUGAAGGAUACUUUGACACACUCCAUCAGCCGAGGUUAUCUGACGACUGAUAAAGAGGCUCCGGGGCUGGUUCGAAUCCAAACUCUGGCCUACUUGAGCGGGUUCCCAGCAUCACUGAAGGAAACUGAGCAGCUCCGGGUCAAACUACCAGCUGUGGUGACCAGUAAAAUCAAACAGUUGCAGCUGUACUCGGAGGCCAGUAUUGCUCUUCUCCACCUAAACACAGCGCAGGAUUUUACUGAACUCACCCAGCAGGCCAAGAAGAACCUAACAUUGGAAGGAAAAGAGCUCACAGUCAGUCCGGCGUACCUCUUCUGGGACCUUAGCGCCAUCUCACAGUCUAAACAGGAUGAGGAUGUAUCUGCAAGUCGCUUUGAAGACAAUGAAGAGCUGCGUUAUUCACUACGUUCCAUCGAAAAACACGCACCAUGGGUGCGGCACAUCUUUAUCAUAACCAAUAGUCAGAUACCGUCUUGGCUUAACCUGGAUAACCCCCGUGUCUCAGUGGUUACUCACCAGGACAUUUUUCAGAAUCAUUCUCACCUGCCAUCAUUCAGUUCUCCUGCCAUAGAGACCCACAUUCACCGAAUCCCAGGACUCUCUCAAAAGUUCAUCUACCUCAAUGAUGAUGUCAUGUUCGGCAAGGAAGUGUGGCCUGAUGAUUUCUACAGCCACUCUAAAGGUCAAAAGGUGUAUCUCACCUGGCCUGUACCAAACUGUGCUGAGGGCUGCCCAGGGUCCUGGAUCAAAGAUGGCUAUUGCGACAAGGCCUGCAACAACUCUGCAUGUGAUUGGGAUGGAGGAGACUGUCAUGGUGCUGCAGGCAGCAGCCGUUUUGGAGGAGCGGGUGGUGCUGUAAUCGGAGGUGGGCAGCCUUGGCAGUUCGGAGGUGGUCUCGGGGGACUGGGAGGCGUGUCCUUCUGCAACCAAGGCUGCGCUAACUCUUGGUUGGCAGAUAAGUUCUGUGACCAGGCGUGCAACGUUAUUGCUUGUGGGUUCGAUGUGGGUGACUGCGGACAAGAUAAUUUCAACCAACUGCACCGUGUCGUCCUCCGGAGGAACCAGACGCUUUACACCCUGCCUCAGGGAGAGCUCAGACCAUAUUUUAGCUUCUCAGGCCUGGCUAACCGCGUGUCUGAGGCACAGGUUGCAGAUAACCCAGUGCUCCGUCACACUUCUGUCGCCAACAAAUGGAAGACCAUCCACCUGCUGCUGCUGCCCGGACACAAUGGCACCCAGAUCCACUACAACAUCACCUUUCAGGGUACCGACAACCACGACUUCACCAUGACUUUCUCUGUAGCCGUAGAUACCCGAGAGCUCCCCAAAUCAAACAUAUCCAAUCCGGUGCAGGAGAAAGACGAAGAGCCCAGACUGAACAUAGUGACCCCAGAACCAGUGGUUGAGUUUGAAAAUGUUCCCAAAAAAAAACAAGGCCCGAGAGUUAGAGAGAAAGCCCAUGGCGGUGUAGAGAUUGUGCAGGUGCCUGCAUUAAACGAAUCUCUUUUGCCUGAGGAAGUAAAGUUUGAGUUACAGAAACUGAACGAGAAGUUAUCAUUAGGUGACAUCACUAUUAGAGGCUUUAAUUUGACCAAAGCAGUGCUGUUGGGCCCAUACAAAGACAAAGCUAAGCUUUCACUAAACAAUAAAAACUCUGAAAAACAAGACCAGAACGAGCAAGCAAAACACUCGAAUGAAGACCAGAAGUCUCAACAUCAGGUGAAAAGAGCAAAUGAAGAAAAGGAAAGACAUAAUCAUUCUAAAUUGGAGCCAGCUGGUGCUCCAUCUCUUAUCCCAGUCCAGAUUGAUGGUGUUACACCGAAGGUUCAAUUAAGAUUGUUCAGCAAAGAGAAACCCCACGCUCAUAAGCUUUUUGACACCCUGAUGGGAAACAUGUCUAAGGAGAGAGAUUCAGAAAACGAAGCCCACCUCCGUGGGCGGCCGGUGGGUCGUAAACUCCAGUAUUACACCUCCAGCUUCGACCGUGGUUUCCUUCCAUGGGAGAAGAGGAAGUUCUUUCAGGAUCUGCUGGAGGAAGAGGAGCAUCUACAGAGAGAACUGCAGUAUGCAGCUGACGGGACAGCCACUGGACGCAGGUUGCGUGACACUUUUGCAGAUUCACUCCGCUAUGUCAACAGACUCUUGAAUGCUCAGUUCGGCUUCACUUCCCGCAAAGUGCCUGCCCACAUGCCUCACAUGAUUGACAGGCUUGUCAUGCAGGAACUACAGGACACCUUCCCUCAGGAGUUUGAUAAGACCUCGUCCCACCGUGUGCGUCACUCAGAGGACAUGCAGUUUGCCUUUUCUUAUUUCUACUUCUUGAUGAGUGCAGUGCAGCAGCUCAACAUAUCAGAAAUGUUUGACGAAAUUGACACAGACCACUCUGGUGUGCUGUCUGAUCGUGAGAUUCGCACAUUGGCCACACGUAUCCAUGAACUCCCCUUAAGCCUUCAGGAUUUGACCAGUCUGGAGCAGAUGCUUAUAAACUGCUCCAAGUCUCUUCCGUCAAACCUUACACAGCUCCAUACUGUCAGCCCAACCCAAGAGGCCUAUUAUGACCCCAGCAUGCCACCCGUCACAAAAGGUUUAGUAAUCCACUGCAAUCCCAUCACAGAGAGGAUCCACAAAGCCUUCAAGGACCAGAAUAAAUACAAAUUUGAAAUUAUGGGCGAAGAGGAGAUCGCCUUUAAGAUGAUACGGACCAACGUCUCUCAUGUAGUGGGACAGCUUGAUGACAUCAGAAAGAACCCUAGGAAGUUUAUCUGCUUGAAUGACAAUAUUGACCACAGCCAUAAGGAUGCCAGCACAGUCAAAGCUGUACUGAGGGACUUCUAUGAAUCAAUGUUCCCAUUGCCCUCUCAGUUUGAGCUGCCCAGAGAAUACAGAAACCGUUUCCUCCACAUGACAGAGCUGCAGGAGUGGCGAAUAUACAGGGACAAGCUGAAGUUCUGGACCCACUGUGUGCUGGUGACAUUAGUCGUCUUCACUGUCAUGUCGUUCUUUGCUGAGCAGCUGAUCAUGUUGAAACGGCGGCUUCUCCCCAGACGCAGGGUCAGCAAUGAUGCAAACCCCGAGCGGGUGUGAGGUUAUUCCUUUCUCAGAGCUUGUGUCUUGUGAAUCUGAAGUACCAGAGUCGUACUUCUGUUAAUGCCAUCAGAUAAAAAUGCCCAUUUGGAGGUGACUGGAUGAAGUUGUAGGCCUCCUCCACAAAGGGGCAUUAGUGAGACACGCAGGGGCCCAGGAGGCAAGCGAUAACACUCUGUUGCUUAUUGAAUGUGAAUUGAACUCAGUGGCCCAUAUCGAGUGUGUUGCCAUAUUACCUUGCGUGUCUGAAUUGUAAUGAUUUGAAAUAGGAUUUUUAACUCCUAAGGAAAUGUCAAGGGUAAAGAUGUUGUUCUUUCUCUUGUUCUCUUUGUCUUGUCUUUCCUUCCUCAUCCUUGCAGUGCCUUUCUUUACCACAUGAAUGAAAGUGGUGGACUUUAAUGCACGGCUGGAACUUUCUGCCUUGCGUUUGGCUUUUUGCAUUUGUCUUAAUUUGUCUUUCAUGCUUGCUUGCUCCAAAGUGGCACAGAAUCUCCGGGAGCAUUUUUACAACCGAAUAGCAAUCUGGAUACUUGGAAAUUUUAGCAAGGAUCAUGAAAAAUGAGCCAUUUCCUUCUCUUUCUCUUUUUUUUUAACUGCAUGUUGUUUUUGCUUGAAAUCCUUCACAUGAUCGUCUCUCAGUGGGACAUUAAAUACUGACUUUGUCUGAAAUUCAGAUUCCAUCGCCUGUGGCCCUGGUGUGUAUUAACUCCUCACCUUCACUUGUCUUUCAAAGGGAAUCGUUCUUGACUUGCUCAAAUGUCAUGACUACUGACCCUAAACCUCUGCAGGGCAUACAUGCCUGAUAAAACAGGCUUGAGUUUAGGAUACGUGAUGAACGAUAAUGCUGUUCUGGGAUGAGUUUCCCUGUUGAUUUUUAUUUAUUAUAUUAGAAAAUACAUAAUUGUUAUGUACAAGCAUAUCUUUGUUUUAUUUUGGAAAUGUAUGUUGCUAAAAUUCUGUCAAAGUACACUUAUUUUAGGUCUCUUUAUUUUAAGACACUUUUCCACUUUUGUGUCAAAUGUAAAUUUAAACCAAGUGCCUAAUUUGCUAAUGAAAUAAGAACAUAAUCUGAAUGCUGAAGCGUAAUGAAACAGCCAAAUAUGUUCAUUAAAAAUCUUUCAAAGUCA